AUGCCAUAUUCUCGCAGCAAUUUGGUUAAUGGCGUAUCGGUGUCCGGUGGCACAUACCUCAGCAACGCCAGCUCCAUUGUGUAUGAAACAAACAUCAAGCUGGGCGACGAAUUCUAUUAUAUGUUCACUGUCUCUGAUGGUUUACCGUUCACGCGCUUCACGCUUGACUACACAGGCACGCUCAAGUCUCUAAAUUGGAACAGCCACUCAUCAUCAUGGACAGUCCUGUUUGAGAGGCCCAAAGCUGCUUGCGACGUCUAUGCCUCAUGUGGCCCAUUCAGCUAUUGCGACCUCACUAGUACUGUGCCGGCAUGCAAAUGCUUCGAUGGGUUUGAGCCUGACAGUCUUAACUUUUCAAGCGGUUGUCGGCGAACAGAGGACCUGAAUUGUGGCAAGCAAAGUCAGUUCAUAACUUUGACCGGGAUGAAGGUCCCUGACAAGUUCUUGCAUUUAAAGAACAGAAGCUUCGAUGAGUGUGCCGCCGAGUGCAGCAACAACUGCUCAUGUACGGCGUAUGCUUACGCCAAUUUGAGCAGUGGCGGUGCUAGCGAUGACCCGACAAGGUGCUUGGUUUGGACAGGGGAGCUUAUCGACACAGGAAAGUCAACUAACUCUGGCGAGAACCUGUACCUUCGCCUUGCUGAAUCUCCUGUUGACAAGAGCAGUUUACUAAAGGUGUUACUCCCGAUUAUAGCAUUACUGCUGUUGCUGACAUGCAUUGCCCUCAUCUGGACAUACAAAUUCAGAGGAGAAUGGCGAAAGAAGGAAAACCAGAAGAAACUAAUGCGAGAAUACUUUAGCACAUCCGAUGAACUCGAAGGCGAAAGUACAGAAUUUCCAUUUGUUAGCUACAAAAACAUCGUUUCAGCAACAAAUUUCUUCGCUGAUUCAAACUUGCUUGGACGGGGAGGUUUUGGCAAAGUUUACAAGGGCACACUGGAAGGUGGAUAUGAGGUUGCUGUGAAAAGGCUUAGUCAGGCUUCUGGACAAGGCAUCAUGGAAUUCAAAAAUGAAGUAGUCCUAAUUGCUAAACUACAGCACAAGAACCUAGUCAGACUUCAUGGGUGUUGCAUUCAGGAAGAUGAGAAGUUAUUGAUCUACGAAUACUUACCUAACAAAUGUUUGGACACCUUUCUUUUUGAUGUUGCACGAAAACACAUGCUUGAUUGGUCGACGCGGUUCAAAAUAAUUAAAGGAAUAGCGAGAGGUCUUCUUUAUCUCCAUCAAGAUUCAAGAUUAGCAAUAAUUCACAGAGAUCUCAAAGCAAGCAACAUCUUGUUGGACGCAGAAAUGACUCCCAAAAUUUCAGAUUUUGGUAUGGCACGAGUAUUUGGUGCAAACCAGAAUCAUGCAAACACUACUAGGGUUGUCGGGACAUAUGGUUACAUGUCACCUGAAUAUGCGAUGGGAGGUGCAUUUUCUGUUAAAACAAACACAUAUAGCUUUGGUGUUCUUCUCUUGGAGAUUGUUAGUGGCCUGAAGAUCAGCUCACCUCAGCUCAAAACAAAUUUUUGCAGCCUUAUAACUUAUGCGUGGAGACUAUGGGAAGUUGGAGAAGCAACUGAACUAGUGGACUCUUUUGUUGUUGUGAAUUGCUCACUUAAUGAAGUUCUACGGUGUGUUCAUGUCGGACUCUUGUGUGUUCAAGACCAUCCCAACGAUAGGCCGCUAAUGUCAUCAGUUAUGCUUAUGCUGGAGAAUGAAAACACACUACUUCCAACUCCAAAGCAACCUGCAUAUUUUGCUCUAAGUAAUUGUGAAGGUCGAGAAGCAACAGAUAACAUAGAGAACUCCACAAAUGCAAUUAGCAUCACAACCUUGGAGGGUCGUUAA